GGCCGCCCUGGAGUCGGGGAAGGAAUUACGGAGGCUGCGCCCGGGGCUGCGCGGAGGGUCCAAGUCCUUUCUCAGAAACCUGUCAUAGGUGGGCUUUGGAGGAGACGCCGCCCGAGCACCGCCGGCAUAGGGAAUCACACCCUUGUCUGUCUGCUUGGGAGAGAGAACUUGGCACUUCCCUGAGUGGAGGAGAGGAAGAGGCUGUAAAUCAUCCAGAAGAGCCUUCAAGUCCUCCGAUGGCUGGCGAGAGGAGGUGAACGACGCCAGGAUGGUCUCCAGUCUGGGCCCCGCAUAGCAGCAGCUGCUCCAGCUCCCAGGCCAGGCCCAGGGAAUGUGCCACUAGAGCACCAUGGACCGAGCCCCCAGCGCGGCCCUGCAGCUGCACCAGCUCCCACCCACGAGCAGCGCCCACCCGGUCGGCGAGGUUUCCUUCUCCUACAAGGAAAACUUGAUCGGCGCCCUUUUGGCAAUUUUCGGGCACCUUGUGGUCAGCAUUGCACUUAACCUGCAGAAGUACUGCCACAUUCGCCUGGCAGGCUCCAAGGAUCCCCGGGCCUAUUUCAAGACCAAAACAUGGUGGCUGGGCCUGUUCCUGAUGCUGCUGGGGGAGCUGGGCGUGUUUGCCUCCUACGCCUUUGCCCCACUGUCGCUGAUUGUGCCUCUCAGCGCCGUCUCUGUGAUAGCUAGCGCCAUCAUAGGAAUCAUAUUCAUCAAAGAAAAAUGGAAACCUAAAGACUUUCUGAGGCGCUAUGUCUUGUCCUUCGUUGGCUGCGGUUUGGCCAUUGUGGGCACCUACUUGCUGGUGACAUUCGCACCUAACAGUCACGAGAAGAUGACAGGCGAGAACAUCACCAAGCACCUCGUGAGCUGGCCUUUUCUCUUGUACAUGCUCGUGGAGAUCAUCCUGUUCUGCCUGCUGCUGUACUUCUACAAGGAGAAGAACGCCAACAACAUCAUCGUGAUUCUUCUCCUGGUGGCCUUACUUGGCUCAAUGACGGUGGUGACAGUGAAGGCCGUGGCUGGGAUGCUCGUCCUGUCCAUACAGGGGAACCUGCAGCUCGAUUACCCCAUCUUCUACGUGAUGUUCGUGUGCAUGGUGGCCACCGCUGUCUACCAGGCUGCGUUUUUAAGUCAAGCCUCACAGAUGUACGACUCCUCUUUGAUUGCCAGCGUGGGCUACAUUCUGUCCACUACCAUUGCCAUCACAGCAGGUGCAGUAUUUUACCUGGACUUCAUUGGGGAAGAUGCACUGCACAUCUGCAUGUUUGCACUGGGGUGCCUCAUUGCCUUCUUGGGCGUCUUCUUAAUCACACGUAACAGGAAGAAGGCCAUUCCAUUUGAGCCCUAUAUUUCCAUGGAUGCCAUGCCAGGUAUGCAAAACAUGCAUGACAAGGGAAUGACAGUUCAGCCUGACCUCAAAGCUUCUUUUUCCUAUGGGGCCCUGGAAAACAAUGACAACGUUUCUGAGAUCUACGCUCCUGCCACGCUGCCGGUUAUGCAAGAGGAACACAGCUCUGGGGGUGCCUCUGGGGUUCCCUACCGAGUCCUGGAACACACCAAGAAGGAAUGAGCCCACCUCGAAGGAGACUCUCCUUCCCUCCAUUUAUAACUGCUCUCAAGCCGUCAGUGGUUCAACCCUGAAUCCUAAACUUUGCCUUUCACAUUUUAAUCUCUUAAACCGAGAACUCUCUAGAAGGGGAUCUCGAAGAGCCAUUGUCUCUAGCAAAGAACACAUGAUCUUGGUCUCGGAGAUUUCAGGUGACCAGGGUGGGGUGAGGGGGACGAAAGCAGUAUUCCCCGGGGGAAGUGCGGAGUUCAGACUCUGCCUGGUACUGCCCAGCCAGCUCCCGGAAAGCAUCCCCGAGGGUGGUAACUGAGCUUCCUCCGUCAGUGACCAAAGGUUGCCACAUUCCUUGGAGCUGAAGCAAGGCAGAGAUUCCGUUCUCACUUUCCACAUCCAGUGAAAGGCUGGAGACCUCUGAAUCUAAUCUUCCCUUGCCUGAUCCUCCCUGUCUCACGAUUCCCGUACUUCCAGUAACAUUUGUGUAGUCAUCACAAGGCAUAGUAGGCCAGCCCUGGGGACAUUCUAUCAUCCACCUGUAGGAAAUGCACUUCUGCCUUCCAAUUCUCCCUGCCCUUCUAGUGAAAACAUGCUUGAUGUGCUUACAUUAGAUCUGCUCUGAAACCUAAUUUGGUUUUGGUUCUGUGAACUAUGUAAUUGCUUUUUCUCCCCACCAAAGGAACCGAGAAGUUAAGAGUAGGAGGAAAGUAAGGACAGGAGCAGGGGUAAUGAUACGUUAGCCCAUAAACAUGAAGGAAGAAAAAUCCCUUUUCAUCUUAUAAGAAGUGAUUGCACCACUUAGAAAAAGAUAGGCAGAAAAUCUGGCUGUUUUAUGUGUAUGUUCUUGCACAGCAAGGGCCUCUGGGAAGCUAGGGCACUUACCUCAGAGACAGUCUCCAUCAAACGAAGCUUGAAUUAUCGGUUAAUUUCCUUGGAGUUGACCGAGACUUUGGGUCCUCGUUCCCAGGCACACAUGUCUGGGAAAGCGGGCAUUCUUGGUAAGGGGUCACUGCUUCCUUUCAGGCUACAUCCAUGAUUGUCCCUCCCUAGACUGACUGUAUACUUCUGAGAAUGGCAAGUAAGGGUUUGCAAACUUUAGCAUAAGGACCCCCUAGGGAGUGUGCAGAUUCCUACUCCCCAAGGACAGACGCUCUGUUUAAGUGGGAAUGAUGGGGAGGAGCGAGAGGCUGCGUUCUGAUCUGGCCGCACAGGUUGUUCUGAUGCAGGCAGUCCAGGGAUCACACACCUCGAAAGCCUACUGAUCGAGAGAGGGUCUGCUAAAACCUCCAGGGGCCAACACACCCCUGCUGGAGAGCUGGAAUUACCAGUCCUUGUUUCCUGUCCGGGGUUUAUUUGGCAGAUCAAAUAAUUCCCAUAGGAUCGGUGGCAUUUAUCCAUCCAGUGAUUACUACUUAGUAGAACUACGCGUAAUGUUUCCCUGGGUACUCUUUAGCUAAUAGGGGAGAUCACAGUGUUAAUAGACCAGUGUUGAUAGAUCAUUAACCUUUAUGGAUUGUGCUUAAUACCGAUUUACUACCUUGACUUCAAACACUGGCAUCUGCUGCUCGUGAUAACCACUUAGGUAUUCUGUCUUAACCUCUUCCGUAUUGUUGGCUUACUUGCCUAAGAAGGCAACAGACAAUGACCUGUUUUCUUCAGGAUAGGUAUCCACUCAAUUCAACGUUUGAGAGGCAUUUGUGGUGUGUUAAUAAGCAUUUGGAUGAGGGCGCGUGGGUGGCUCAGUUGGUUAAGUGUCUGCCUUCGGUUCAGAUCAUGAUCUCAGGGUUCUGGGAUCAAGCCCCACAUGGGGCUCUCUGCUCAGCGGGGAGUGUGCUUCUCCCUCUCCCUCUGCCCCUCCCCACCCCUGUUCCUACUUGCUCUUAUGCUCUCACUCCCCCCCCCAUGGGAAAAAAAUCUUAACAAACAAACAGAACAUUUGAAUGGUGAAGGCUACAAAGAACAGCAAUGAUCCCUGCCCUACAGACACACACCCAGGAAACCAUGAGAGGUGCACAUUGCAAUAGUGCGCAGAAAAAGGACAGUUACCGGGGCCCUUCUAAAGGUCAGACUGCGAGCCCACAACAGGGUAUUCAGAAUUGAAGGUGAUUUUGAGACACCUGGCCAGUUCAAUCGGUAGGGCAUAUGACUCUUGAUCUCAGGGUCAUGAGUUUGAGUCCCAUGUGUGGCACAGAGUUCACUUAAAAUAAAAUUUAAAAAUUAAUUUUAAAUUAAUUAAAAAAAUAAAAAGAAUCGGAGAUGAUUUGGGCUUCACUCAUGGAUGGGGGCAAACCUUGCUAAAAUUUGAGCAAAGCAUAGAAAGCAGGGCGACCACCCCUCCAGGCAGAGGGGCAAGGGGCCAGCAUUUGCAAAGGCACAGAAAUAGGGAGUGGAUGUUGGCAAAGAAAGGAGAGGUAGAGAGAGUGGUGGGAGCUGAGCCUGGAAAGAGACCAAAUCAUGGAGGCCUUGAAUGCCUGCUGAAGAUCAAGGGGUAUCACAGAGAGCGUGGGAGCCAUUGAUGAUUCAUAAGGAAGAAAAUGGCAGGGUCAGCACUGAUUGGAAAGGAGGCUUGAUGCAGAGUAUAGAGAGACAAUCUGAAGGGAUGAUAAAAGUCACUUUUCAAGGUCAAGCCGUCAGCUCACUGGAACAAAACACAAAAGGGGAAUUAAAUCUGGUUUUACGGUUAUUCAGAUUUUCUAGGUGGUUUUUCUAAGGUGAGCUGGGAUAAGGGAUGAGGGCAGAGUGGAUAAAUGGAAGGUAGGCAGGGAAUCCAUUGAAGUGUGUCAGGCCCUGGUGAUCAUUUGGGGGUUUUAUGUGCUCCCAACCUCAGUCCACCUCUUCCCUUUUCAAACCAUGAGCCCUUUAGUCUCAAGCCAGGCAAGAAUGAGACGAGUGGAUGAAAGUGCAUCAUAGUUUCAGGUUGGCCAACUGGUGGUUUCAAUGCCACUCAGCCACUGCUGCUGGGACCUGGACCUCCGGUGCCCCAGCACUGCUGGGGGCAGUGGCAUUAUCCUAUGAAGGGGCCACAGGAUGGCUGAGCAGAGGGUGCAUGGCAGUUUCCUGAGUGGAAGCCAGCAGUAGGCAUCCGAGUGUUCGAGAAGACCAGACAACAUAGAACCUCGGUCUCCAGAGUUCUGAAUCUGUCCUGGGUUAUCUUCUCCCAACCUUGGUCUUCAAGUAUAAAUGGACUGUUUGCUGGUGGCACUUACUGUUGGCACAGGGGGAGAGGACAUCAACUUUCUACUCACAGCCCUGGUUCUUUAUUUUUUUUUUUUUCUCUUGGCUCUGACAUUCCUCAAGCCCUCUGGAAUGCUCUAAGCAAUAUUAAGUAUCACACGUCUUUCUCCUUCCUACCAGCCUAUACCUAUGGCAAGGUCACCAAACUUGGGCUUAAACCUUCACUUGUUGUCUGAUCUUUCUUCUGCUCUUCACUCUGUCCCCCUCUUCUAAAGACUGGGACUCUGGGUUCUCUAAUCAGACAUUAGAACCAGGGCAAAGACUGGUACCUGUGGGCUUUGGUGAGAGCUCAGCCUUCCCCCGGAUCCCUCUUGAAGCCACAGGGCUUAUGAUGCCAUCACAUUAAAGCUUCAGGUCACAUGGGGUUCUUAUAGUGUGCAAUUGACUGCUGGGUAGGGAAGGGAGAUCUGACGUUUCCACUGCUUUUCUGGUGGAAACCAACCAGCUUGCUGGUACUGUGUGUAUACAAGACAUCCAUCAGGAUAGUGUUGGAGACCCUCCACCCUGCACUCUUUUGAAUUCCGAAUCUGGCCCAACAGUGGCUGAUAGGCAAAAAAAAAAAAAAAAGAAAAAAAAGAAAAAAAAAUGACCCCAUGUUUCUCUAAGAAGCUGUGUAAAUGAAGUCACCCUAGAAUAGAUUCUGUGUGGAUACUUAUAUUUCGUUAACUCCAUGGCUGAUAUGGCAUGUCUUAUUUUUUUUAAAAAAAAUGUGUGUUAGGUGUAAAUAACAUCAUGAAAUGAUAUUUAAUUAAAAAAAUCCAUGU